GAAGUCGACUUACCUAUCCCUACUCCAUCAGAGAAAAAGAGGCACAUUUUUAGAAAUUAUUCGUCGUAUUCCGGAAAAAAUUGUUCUGAUAUUUGACGUGUGGAUUUAAGAAAUUUUUGUUUUUUUUAUAAAUAGAGUUCUUGUUAAUAUGCCGGACGAAGUACAGCAAACAUUUGUGCGUAGCUUUAUCGACUACCUAAAGAAACAAAUCGAUUCACAAGCAUUUUCUCCAGAUGCCCAAGAGAGCUGUGAAGUGGCAAUUCAAUGUCUGCAGGCAGCCUUUGAUCUGGGCGAGGAAGAAGCGGUGGCCGAAGAGCAGUCACAGACAACAACAGCGCCGGCUGGUGAAACGGGCUCUUCCGAUGCAUCCAGUACAUCCAAAGUAAAUUCCAAAGAGGUGAAUCUUUACGAAUUGUUCGAAAUGCAUUAUGUUGAAAGAAAUCCAGAAAUUUUGAAAAUGACAGAGGCAAUAAAGAACGAAGGCAAUCGUCUGAUGAAGGAUGGUAAAUACAAUGAAGCUUUGCUGCAAUAUAAUCGUGCUAUCACCUAUGACCCCAAGAAUCCGAUAUUUUAUUGUAACCGUGCUGCAGCGUACAUAAGAUUAGGUGACAAUGAAAAAGCUAUUACAGAUUGCAAGUCUGCCCUGGUCUAUAAUCCAAAUUACGGUAAAGCCUAUGGCCGUUUAGGUAUUGCAUAUUCCAAUUUAGGCAAAUAUGAAGAAGCCCAGAAGGCUUAUGCCAAGGCAAUUGAUCUGGAGCCCGAAAAUCAAGAUUAUCGCAAUAAUUUGGAAGUAGCACGCAAUGCCUCCAUGCAUGCCACUGCAAAUGUGAUACCCAAUUUACAGGAGGGUCUUAAUGCAAUGAUUUCCAAUCCUGCCAUACGUAAUUUGUUCAGCAGUGCCGAAAUAGACUUAGAACAACUGCAAUCAAUGACACAAAAUCCUAUGGUCAUGAAUACCAUUGGUCAAUUAUUUUCUGGAUUGCAAGGUGGUGCUGGCGGCGGUGCCAGCGCCGGUCUUGGCGGUUUAGCCGGUGGUGCUGGUGGCGUUGGGCCCAUGCCAAAUGAUAUGUUACAAUUGUUCCAAGGAUUUGCUCAACAAUUAGCUGCUGCUAGUCAAGGUGGUGGAAACUCGGGCAAUCAGAACUCUUCAUCGAACAAUGAUCAACCUCCUCCUCCACCACCAUCGUCGAACUACUAGGUUGGCAAGAAUAUAUGACGAAUGACGAAUUUGUUGGGUAUUUUUUAAUAGACGUCACAAUAUCUUACAUUUUAUAAUUUUUUUAGAUUCUGUAUUAUUUUUUAUUCAUUUAGCAUUUGCACUUAUAAAAAAAGAAAGUGAAAUAUGUAUAAAGAAAAAAAAUAAUAAUGUUCAUGUUUCUUCUUAGACUUUUCGUAAAUACGAUGAAAUCUUCGAAACAACAUUAAUUUUAAAUAUAUAACAGACAAAACAAGGCUUAUGUAUGCAAAUAUAUUAUAUAAAAAUGCUUCAAAUAAGCGAAUAUAUAUAAAAAGAAUUAA